AGCCUUGGCAGCGGGCUGGUGGGGCGUUGGGUGAAGAACCAAGACUCAGAGAGGCCAAGCCACUUGCCUGGGGUUACACAGCCAAAGGAGGCAGAGCCAGGACUUUUACACCCAGAUCCAGAAACCAAAGGAAAAUGUCCACCCGGGAUGAAAAGGCAGUCACCCGCAGGGCCAAGGUGGCUUCCGGCCAGAGGAUGAGCAAGUUCUUAAAGCACUUCACUGUUGUUGGUGACGACUACCAAGCUUGGAAUAUCAACUACAAAAAGUGGGAGAAUGAAGAGGAGGAGGAUGAGGAGGACCAGCAGCUGCCACCUACGCCAGCCUCAGACGAGGAAGGCCAGGCUUCUGGCCCAGCUACUGCCCCUGUCCCUGCACCCAGGCCUCCCCUUGACUUCAGGAGCAAGUUGAGGAAGUUGUUCAGCUCUCACAGGUUUCAGGUUAUCAUCAUUUGCCUGGUCAUUCUGGACGCCCUCCUGGUGCUUGCUGAACUCAUUCUGGACCUGAAGAUCAUCCAGCCAGACAAGAAUAACUAUGCCCCCUGGGUGUUCCACUACCUCAGCAUUGUCAUCUUGGCCUUUUUUAUGAUGGAGCUUUUCUUUAAAAUAUUUGUCUUCCGCCUGGAGUUCUUAUACCACAAGUUUGAAAUCCUGGAUGCUAUCGUGGUGGUGGUCUCGUUCAUCCUUGACAUUGUCCUCUUGUUCCGGGAGCAUGAAUUUGAGGCUCUUGGCCUGUUGAUCCUGUUGCGGCUGUGGCGGGUAGCCCGGAUCAUCAAUGGGAUAAUUAUCUCGGUUAAAACACGUUCAGAAAGGCAACUCUUGAAAUUAAAACAGAUGAAUAUUCAAUUAGCUGCCAAGAUCCAACACCUUGAAUUCAGCUGCUCUGAGAAGGAACAAGAAAUUGAAAGACUUAACAAAUUACUGAGACAGCAUGGACUUUUGGGUGAGGUGAACUAGACAUGGACCAACUCCACCCCAGAGAGAAGACCCUGACUUACAGGCCUGAGCACAAUGAGAGAGACAGCCACCUUUCCUGGGGCCAUUUGGUGGGAGGUUUGGUUUGAUGCCACUGCUGCAUUCUCGUCCGGCUUGGAUUGUGGGUAGACAUAGUCUUUUGGAAGGCAUUUCUUCCUCGGUGUGACGAAGAGCUGUCCACCCCAUUGCCACCACAAAAUGUAUCAAAUUAUAUUUUCCCAUAUUGAACAUUUUUCCUUUGCUUAGAAAUGAGAAAUGAAGCUGGAUCUACUAGAUGUAUAUAAAGUUUAAUCUCAUCAAAUGUAUAGGUUUCAAAUUUCACAUGGAGCUGGCAUAUCCUUUCAUAUGAGUAUUCUGAAAGAAAAAGAAGCUACUUUAGCUACCAGCCCUUUCUAUAAAACUCUUAUUUCCAAAUUCUUCUAAACAGCUUUGCCUGUCACAGUUUCCCCAAAGAGUGUAUUUCCCAGCUGCAUCACCCAGAUUCUAGCUGGCACCACCUAGUUCUGCCACCUGACAACAUUUUUCUCAAUUACUGUACAAUUACUGUUUAAAAUAAACUCUCUCCUUCUCGUGGGCCCUCCUACUAUAUUCUUUCCUCUGUGGUAUCCCCUACCAGCUGCCAUUUGGAGAGCUAGCUAGCUACAGUGCCUGGUACAGAAAUGGCAAUUAGAUCCAAGACUGCACUAUAAUUAACAUGAUAUUUGGGGAACAAUCCCCUCCAGAGGCUUUGUACUCUACUCACAUGAUUUGAUACAAUAUUUUGCUAUUUUUGUACUUAUUUCGGUGGGACCUGAAAGAGAACCUAUACUAAAAACAACAAAGAUUUUAAAAAUAACUCAAAGGCAGAGAUGAGUAAAUGGCAAGACCUUCCCACACCUAUGCUAUUUCAAGAUCUGUUCUCUUUACCAUCUCCCCGAAGACAAUUUGGUUUCUGUAUGUGACCAGGUGUUCAGUACUGGAAAUGACCAAGACCAGAUGUCUCCUCAUUCUAAAUUAAAACCAUAUAGAAGUAAAUUCCCAAAAAGAAAAAAUUUAGGAGGAAAGCAAGUGGAGAGGGAUAGUAUGUUGGUGUGGAGGCAAUCUCAAGGGUUAAGAGACAUCAUGCAAUGUCUCUGAGGGACUUCUGGCCCCAUAUGUACACUAUUAUAAAGGUGAGGACUAGAAGUGGGGGUACAGUUUCCUUAAGUAACAACUUACGUCAAACAAAUGGGAAGAAGAAAUUAAAGGGCAGCCUGGCAUUGAUGGUUGGCAGAGCACGGAAGCCUGCCUCUGCAGGUGCAGACACGUCAACAAAAGUAACCACAGUGGAAAUAAGAAUCGUCUUUUCAUUUCCUGCAUUGGUCUGUAAUAAAAAGUCAGAAAUACAAGCCCCCAUGUGGUAUUUUAGCAGGGUAACAAAGAUGAGAUAUUUUCUAAUCUCUUCCACAACUCAACCACUGUCAGUUUAUGAAUCUGAUGGUUAUGAGAGCACUUAAUCGGCCUUUAACUUGGAUGAAAGGAACAGUGUCCUAGGUUGUCCUAAUUAACAUAUCAAUAUCUGUGGGGAGUGGGCUGUGGCCGGCAGGGCGCCCACAGCCUGGAAAAUGCUCAGGGAGUGACCCCCAACCACUUUUCCUCCCUUAACAUUAUUUUCACCUGCCAGAAGUCACAUAGUCCAUGCAUACUUUCCUUGCUAUCUGCAAGCACACAGUUUUUCCUCUUUAAGGAUGAUCUCUACCCCAUGUGUUA